UGCCAACGGUGGUUCAUUUCAUAAUUCGCGAUCAUUUCCAAUUCCAGUUGCUUUAAUUUACUUUUCCGCAACAGUUUGUCCCGUUCUUCUUCAAGAAUUUUUAUCAAUUUUUUUUAAGUGUUUAAACUUUUUAAUUUCUAACAAUUAGCAAGAUGACUGAAGUCCCACAAAUGAUGGCCGCUGAAGCUGAAACCCAACUCGAGCAUAUGUGCCGCUUGGACUUUAGUUCACCCGCACCACAAGUACGCUUGUCUGGUAUCAUCUGUACCAUUGGACCCGCCUCUCGCAGCGUAGAAAUGCUCGAGAAGUUGAUGGAUACUGGCAUGAAUAUUGCCCGUAUGAAUUUCUCACAUGGAUCUCACGAAUACCAUGCCGAGACCAUUGCUAAUGUCCGUCAAGCUGGCAAGAACUACUCAGCCAAGCUGGGCUACACUUAUCCAAUUGCUGUAGCAUUGGACACCAAGGGACCUGAAAUCCGUACCGGUUUGAUUGAGGGCAGUGGAUCCGGUGAAGUUGAAUUGAAGAAGAACGAGACCAUCAAGUUGUCGACCAACAAAGACUUCUUGGAGAAGGGCAACAAGGACUGCAUCUUUGUUGAUUAUGCCAACAUUGUGAAUGUUGUCAAGCCAGGCAACCGUGUCUUUGUUGAUGAUGGUUUGAUUUCUUUGAUUGUCAGUGAAGUUCAAAAAGAUGCUUUGGUCUGCAAGAUCGAAAACGGCGGUGCCUUGGGCUCCCGCAAGGGUGUCAAUUUACCCGGUGUACCUGUUGACUUGCCAGCUGUCUCUGAGAAGGACAAGUCUGACUUGAAGUUCGGUGUUGAACAAGAAGUCGACAUGAUCUUUGCUUCUUUCAUUCGUAAUGCUGCCGCUUUGACCGAAAUCCGUGGUGUUUUGGGAGAGAAGGGCAAAAAUAUCAAAAUCAUUUCCAAGAUCGAGAACCAACAGGGUAUGCAGAAUUUGGAUUCGAUCAUUGAAGCCUCCGAUGGUAUUAUGGUUGCUCGUGGUGAUUUGGGUAUUGAAAUUCCACCAGAGAAGGUAUUCAUUGCCCAGAAGGCGAUGAUUGCUCGUUGCAACAAAGCUGGCAAACCAGUUAUCUGUGCCACACAGAUGUUGGAGUCUAUGGUUAAGAAGCCACGUCCAACUCGUGCUGAAAUCUCUGAUGUUGCCAACGCUGUCUUGGAUGGUGCUGAUUGUGUCAUGUUGUCUGGAGAGACCGCCAAGGGUGAAUAUCCAUUGGAAUGUGUGUUGACCAUGGCCAAGACAUGCAAGGAAGCUGAAGCUGCCUUGUGGCACAAGAAUAUGUUCUCCGAUUUGGUAUCGAAGAACCCACAAACAACUGAUGCUGCCCAUGCCGUAGCUAUAGCAGCUGUUGAAGCCGCUUCAAAGAGCACAGCUUCGGCUAUCAUUGUCAUCACAACAAGUGGCCGAUCUGCUCACUACCUGAGCAAAUACAAGCCAAGAUGCCCAAUCAUUGCUGUGACCAGGUAUGGACAAAUUGCCAGACAAGCUCAUUUGUACCGUGGUAUUCUUCCAUUAGUUUACGCAGAACCCGCUGUCGGUGAUUGGUUGAAGGAUGUGGACACCCGUGUUCAAUUUGGUAUCCAAGUUGGCAAGAAGAAUGGUUUCAUCAAGUCUGGAAGCUCUGUUGUCAUUGUCACCGGCUGGAAGCAAGGAUCCGGUUUCACAAACACCAUGCGCAUUAUUACUGUUGAAUAAAAAAAUCCAACAACAAAUACCUCCAAGAAAGUGCCCCAAAACAACAACAACCCAGCGCACAUUAACCAUCUGCAAAACGAAUAUUAAACAUUUAUAAUUUUAAAGUUAGAACUCAGAGGAAAAAAAAUUAUUAUAAAAAAAAACACAAAAUAUGUAACUCAAAAGUAUGUAUCUUCAUCUUGAUGUCGUCACACUCACAUGAAGAUCCUUUUGAUAAGGAUCUCAAUGUAAAAUCUUUGCAUUGGUUUAUGUUUAAAGAAAAAUUUAUU